AUGACACCUUAUUCCAGCCAAACAUUGGCUCCAGCCAAACGACUUGUCUUAUUUGUGGCAGAUGGACUUCGAGCCGACAAAUUUUUUGAAUUACCAAGAAGUGGUGAGAUUAGAGCUCCAUACCUACGCAAUAUCAUAGAGAAUGUUGGUGCUUGGGGUGUAUCUCAUACACAUGUCCCCACAGAGUCUCGGCCAGGUCAUGUGGCACUUAUUGCUGGCUUCUAUGAAGAUGUAAGUGCAGUAGCAAAAGGUUGGAAAGAAAAUCCUGUAGAGUUUGAUUCUGUUUUCAAUGAAAGUCACUACACUUGGUCAUGGGGAAGUCCAGAUAUACUACCAAUGUUUGCUAAAGGUGUCACACGUCAGCAUAUCUACAUAUAUAUGUAUGCACCUGAAAAAGUGGAUUUUGGCAGUACAGAUUCUUCCCGUCUGGAUUCUUGGGUAUUUAAAAAAGUCGAAGAAUUCUUUGCUAAUGCUCAUCAAAAUCCAACACUAUUUUCCAAACUGAAGCAAGAUAAGAUUGUUUUUUUUCUUCAUCUUCUUGGCAUUGACACCAAUGGCCAUUCCUACCGACCACAUUCCCAUGAAUACUUAGAGAACAUCCGAAUUGUGGAUGAAGGAAUCAGAAAAAUGGAAAAACUUAUAGAAAAAUUUUAUGAAAAUGAUAAACUGACUUCCUACAUCUUUACUGCUGAUCAUGGCAUGACUAAUUGGGGUUCUCAUGGUGCUGGUGAUCCGCAUGAAACACUGACUCCUCUUGUGGCCUGGGGAGCUGGAAUUCGAGGCCCAAAACAGAUCACUGGAAAAAACAGCCAGACAAGUGAUGGCUUAUCUGAAGAAUGGCAUCUUAACCACCUGCAGAGGACAGAUGUUGAACAGGCUGACAUUGCUCCUCUGAUGUCUUCUCUCAUUGGCAUUCCAUUUCCAAUGAAUUCAGUUGGUAAUCUACCGAUUGAUUACUUGAAUGGGGAUUUGGCUUUUAAGGCAGAGAAUUUAUUUACCAAUGUGAAACAAAUGCUAGCUCAAUAUAUGGUCAAAAUGUAUGAGGUACAGAACAUGAGUCUUUCUGUGACUUUCCGUCCAUUCAAUGAACUUACUCCUGCAAAACAGGCUUUUAUGAUAAGACACAUUGUGAGGCUUUUGCAUGCCGGUCAGUUUGAAGAUGCUAUAGCAGAAUGCCAAAGAGCAAUAGUUUUGGCCUUACGAGGUUUGCAAUACUAUCAGACAUAUGACCGCUUUUUCUUGGGUGCUAGUGUGACAUUCAGUUUCAUUGGCUGGAUUGGAUUUGUAUCAUCUUUACUGCUUCAAGAAUAUUCUGGACUUGUUACCAAGAAAUCCAAAAUAGACAUGGCAACUCUUCUGUGGUGGCAGAAGAGUUCUUUUAUUAAAAUCUGCUUUGUUUCCAUUGCUUUCCUCACAGUCUUGUUACUUUUUGUGACGUCUUCUCCACUGAUGUACUAUAUCUACAGCAUGCUACCUCUGUCACUUUGGAUGUACACAACACUUAAGAAGGAUAUUUUUCUCACUGCCAUUAGAUUUGCUGCUGCUUCUGGGCAGCUUGUACCAAUUCUGCUAAGAAUUCUGGGAAUAACUGCAGGAUUGGAAAUUCUGAUUUAUGGCUUCUUCUUGAGACAGAUGAUUUCAUUGGGACUUUUUUUUAUGGCAUUUUGGGCUCCUUUCUGUUUCUCCUGGAAAUCCCAUAAGUUUCUGAUUCUGGGUUGGGUUUUUUCUUGUCUUGCUGUGGCUAUUUUUCCUCUUUUACCUGUUGUAAACAGAGACACAAACUACAAUUUGGUGUAUAUAUCAGGUGGAAUUACAAUUAUGUUGGGGUUAAUGGCUCUUUACAGAACUUCAUCAAGCAAGAAUGUUUUUGCAAUCAGAAAACUUGAAAUAAUUCAGAUUUUCUUAGUAAGCCUGGCUGUUUAUGUGGUUUGGUCAACAACAAACAGCAUGUCUUUGCGAAAUGGUCUUCCCAAAAUAAACCAAUAUAUCAGCUGGUCACUUUUAGGUUUAUGCUUUAUUUUACCAUUGUUAAGUUGCCUUCGAGUUGUGGAGCGUCUCUUGAGUUUGAGCCUCUCUUUCAUUACGACUUUUCUGUUGAUGAGCAUCUCUUAUGAAUGUUUCUUCUUGCUGUCUUUAUGCUGUCUGUUAUGGUUCUGGCUCCAGUUGGAAUGCAUUGCCACUUCAGCCACAUGUUUGACACCAAUAAAGCUGGAAGAGCUUAGUUUUGCUUCACCGUCUCUGCCAGAAAAAGGACAACCAAAUGUGUCGAAAGAAGAUAUUCGAAGAGCAUUUUUCUUUGUUUUCCUCAUAUUUACUGCUUUUUUUGGAACAGGCAAUAUUGCUAGCAUCAACAGUUUUGAUCCUGCAUCUGUUUAUUGUUUCCUCACUGUGUUCAGUCCUUUCAUCAUGGGAGCUUUGUUACUAUUCAAGGUAGGGCUUCCAUUCCUUUUGGUCACAUGUGCCUUCACCACCCUCCAUGUUAUUACCAAGUCACCAAAACGAAUUCUGUUCCUUAUAGUGCUCAUCAUGUCUGACUUUAUGGGAAUGCAAUUCUUUUUUUAUGUUCGAGAUUUUGGCAGUUGGUUGGAGAUUGGAAGCAGCAUCAGCCACUAUGUGAUUGUCAUGUCCAUGAUUAUUUUCUUUCUUCUACUCGAGAUGGUCGGGCAUUGCUUAACAUCCAUCAACUUCUCUCUUUUGCCUCAGCACUGA